UCAAAUCUAAAAAAAAUUGAAGCUGUUAAUUAUAUUUUAUGUUGUCAGCUGAGGGCAUAUCAGUAAGGUCCACGCUUGUAUAUAUUAUAAGCUCAAUUUUAAUUGGACGAAUUUUUCGUUUUUUUUCUCUAUAUCAAAUUUUUAUUUUAAGUGUCGUUUAUUUUAUUUUAUUUAUAAUAUCAGUUUUUUAUGUGGCUUUCAAGUACCUUGGGCGAUCCAUGCCUAACGAUUAUGCAAAUGUUCCAGGGCCUUUGGUCUUUGCGAAGUUGUCAGAUUGGAUAAAAGCUAUUAAAGCAUAUGAAAAAGAAGCAUCUUUAGAUAAACAGUGUUUUCCACUUCAUGAAUCUUUGCUUAUUUCAGAGGAACUUAAUAAGAUAAUUGAUCUCAUUAUUCGGGAUUUUGUUGUAAAAUGGUAUAAGGAAAUUGCUCCACAAGGUGUUUUCCCUGUUAUAAUUGAAAAAAACAUUCGAUAUUCCUUGAUACAACUUAGAAAUCGGGUGAAGACCAUAGAUAUAGAAGAUAUUAUUGUUCGAAGAAUUAUACCUAUCAUCACAGCGCAUAUUGCAGAAUGUAGAGCUGCAGAUUUGAAAGUACAGAAUCUUGGUCUUAAACAAAAUCUUACAGAUCUAACAGAAUUGAAUCUUGCUGUAGCAAAAAAAUAUAAUAAUGGAAAGCUUCAUCCAGCUGUAACAUUUUCUCAUUCAGGAAGUAUAAUGUGCCAGAAAGAUCAUCUUAGAAAAUUAGUUGGGCAAUUUAUUAGAUUUAUAUUACCCGAAUCUGAAAUGAAUAGUAAGGUUGUUUUUUCUUUGAUUCGAGAAAUUGUUUCAUGUGGGGUUUUGUCACCCAUUAUAGACUUAUUAACAGAUCCUGACAUACUGAACCAAUUAAUAGUGACUAUUACUAGUUCUAUAAUACAAGAACGAAAGAAGAUUAGACGCAUUAGAGAUGUUGUUAAGAAACAUUCGUUGUACGAGAAAAUGGAAAGACAAAGAUAUACACCUAAAUUUCCAUUAAACAAUGAAAAAAUGUUUGAAAAAUAUAUAUAUUUUAUAAAACAAUGCAAUAAUUUGUCAGACCUAAGAAAAAUGCGAAAUGAUCUUAUUUUAGAGAAUCAUAAAUUUCAAUCAAAAAUAUAUUCUAAUAAAUAUAAUUAUGAAAAUGAUCAACAUAUUGAUCAUGUCUUAGCUAAAUUUCAAAAAAGCAAGUAUUUUAUAGAAAAACAAAUAAGAAUAUUAACAGGAAAUAUAAACAUUGAUUAUUCAGAUUUUAUAAUGCAAACUCCGGAAGUUUUAUUUGCUCAAAAAGAUAUUAAAUUAAUAGAGAUAUUGCAUAAUGUUUCGGGUCUAUCUUAUUUUAUGGAAUUUAUGGAUCAAAAAAAUAGAAUAGUUUUGGUUCAGUUUUGGCUUGUUGUAAAUGGUCUUAACAAUCCUUCUGAUCAUGAUAUUUCCUCAAAAAAUGAUCCAUUAGGAGUAAUAUCUACUUUUCCUGAAAAUCUUGACGUAAGAUUAUCAUAUAAGGAAGAUAUUUCUACAAUUUUUGAGACAUAUUUUUCAGAAAAUCUUCUAAAUAUAUCUGAAGAAAACAAAAAUGUUAUUAAAGAGUUUAUCGAAUCAUCAGAUAUACCUGAGAAAUAUCAUAACGCUAAAGAAGCUUUGUUUAAAAUACAGAAUGAGGUCUUUGAAAUUAUGCGAGAAGAGGAUCUUCCGGGUUUUGUAAAAAGUGAAAUUUUUUUAAAAUAUUUAACUACAAUGGCUGAAGAAACAUCCAAAAAUUUUAAAGAUAAUUUUCAAAAUCAAAUACUUAAUAAUAUAGCAAAUAAGACUACUAUUUUAUCUGAAUCUAUUCCAGAGCAUAAUUCUAACCCUAUUUUGAAUAUUUCUUCUAUUCAAAGCUCUAAAAAAGAAUCCAGUAAUAGUAAUGAGAUCGAUUUUGAUAUUUUACAAGAAGUUGAAACUGCGUUAAAUAACAUUAUAGAUAAUGAUGAUGAUGAUGAACAAAAUAAAUAUGAAAUAAGUUCAAAUAUUGACUGUAUAUUAGACACAUCAUCAGAGAGAUGUAGUAGUUAUUUAAAAAAAACGUUAACAGUACCAUCAGAUUCAGGUUCUAAUGGUUUCUCAUAUUCAGCAAAUAAAAAAGUUCGUAUGCCAUUAUUUGAGGAGCCUGAGCAGUUUGAUAUAGAUACAUCUUUUGAUAAUCAAAAUAUUGAUAUGGAUUUAACUGAUGCAGAUAUACAUCAUGCUUCUUCUGGUGAUUUAACUCUCUCUGAAGCAAUUGAUAAUAUUUCUAUGGAAAUUAAUAGUUUAGAAGCUGAGGAAUCUGUUCUCAGUUCUCUUAUAAAAAAAGCAGAGCUUACUAAUAGCAUUUCUGAGCUUAGGAUAUUUAGAAAAUCAAUUAAAACUAUCCAAUCAGAACUUCGUCGCAAAAGAUAUCAAAGACAGCAGUACAUGAUUCAGGAGAAUGAUAACUUACUUUAUGGAAGAUCAAAAAUAUCUAUACCUGCUGUAACGAUAGGAUUAGGAAUGGAUGGGUCUCAGUAUACUUUAUAUAUAAUAGAAAUACAGAAGUUCGACUCUUCUAAAGUUGUUACUUCAGGGUGGAUUCUUGGACGUCGUUAUAGUGAAUUUUUUCAUCUUCAUCAAAGAUUAAAAAUGUAUUUUCCAAAAGUACGGAAUAUUGAUCUUCCAAAGAAAAGUGUAGUUUUAAAGAUGCAGAAAUCAUUUGUUGAGGGAAGAAGAAUUAUGCUCGAAAAAUAUCUUCAGACUUUAUUACAAAUUCCUGAAGUUUGUUCAUCAAAAGAAUUGCGUAUAUUUUUAUCUCAGCAGAACUCUACGUUACCAUCAUUACAGAAAAAUUCUGAUCUAAUAUCAUAUUCUGAUCCACGAGAAAUUGUUGGAUAUAUUUUUAAAUACCUUUCUGAAGAUAUGGAGGAUACUUCGCCUAAUUCCGCUUUUAUUGAUAAUUUCCCUGAAACUAAUCUUAAUAUAUUAAAUACUAUAACAUCUAAAGAGAAUAUCGAGUCUUCUGUUACACGACAGCCACAAAAUUUGAAAGGUUUAGAAAAUGAUGUAACUGCAUUUACAAAACCAAUAUGCGAUUUGUUUUUAGAAGUUUUUGACCUCAGAAAGUCUAACAAUUGGCUAAAGGGCCGUGCAAUUAUUAUAAUAUUGCAACAAUUAUUGGGAGGAACUAUUGAGAGAAAAGUUCGUGAAACUUUGCGGAAUGCUUUUGGAGAGCAAUCCAUUUUGAAUAUACUUCAAGCAUUAAAAGAUACUUUAUGGCCAAAUGGAAUAUUGAUAAAAAAUCGGCCUUUAAGAUCCUAUGAAGAAAAAACUAAAACAAGAGUUGAGGCCAGUUUCUUGUUUUCUGCUAUAUUUCCCGUUUAUUUACCAGAUAUUGCACCCAAAAAAAUAUUUAACAUGUUGCAAAAUCCUUUAUUAAAUUCGCAUUUAAUAUUUAAUAUUUUUGAUGAGAUUGUUGAGAUUAUUUUUCCAGAAAUAAGACAAACGUAA